AUGGCGUCGUCCCUGGAGUCACCAACCUUCCAUUGGAAACGGGACGAAUGGGUCACUACACCCCCACCCAAGUCAAUUGAGAAGAGCGUCGUCGCCACAUCCCUCGAUGGUGCACAUCAGGUCGUUUUCAAACGGGCAAUGACAAACAUACUGGCCACUGAGCUAGCUGAGCUUACCUUCGCCCAGCUUAUUGACGGACUGCCGUUGUGGGACGUUGCCAUGGAUCAAUCCAGAAAAACACACACAAAAGAGGAGCCUGUAUACAAUCACAAACAGCUAUGCGAUGGAGCCAUGGAGAAGAUGCUAGAAUUGCGCGAGCAAUUCGACCCAUUGGCCAUGGAGGUCAGAGCGGACACUCUAGAUCGAUACCAAAAUACGCCCGUUGGAUCCAGGGUAUCCAAGCUUCCGCUGGUUGAGCUCAUUGCUGUGGCCCUGCACGAGCUUGCCGUGCAUGUCUUCAAGAAAGCCGAUGGGGGAUUUCAUAAAUACGAUAAGUAUCCCGACGAUACGUAUUACGAAGAAAAGCCUUUUACUCGCAAAAGAAAACCCACACCCUUCCUCCUCUGGCUAACCUUCGACGAACCCAACCAAUUACCUGAUGGCGUGGCCGAUAUCGCUGCGUACUGGGCCGAGGACCGUAUUUUUGGAGGCGUGGUUCUCUUUGGGAGGGGCAAGUCUGGGAGAGAUCAAAAUGGUGUCUGGUUCCAUAGCCAUCGCCGAGGUGUCACCGAGAAUGUCUAUGCCCUUAGCGAAGACCAAAUCGCUUCGCUAACUCACUUUCUGGAGUCGAGUCCUGGCGAGGCAAACUCUUGUUGCCCACUACCGAUUCUGGCGAAUAGGGACAACAAACGUCAGGAUUACAGACUUUCUAUGCCAAAGUACAAGAUAUACCGGGACCCCUGGGAGCGAAAGAUGAUGUACGGAUCCUAUCUUGUGUACAGAAAUGAAACAAGAAAUUGUAGGAUGUAUGAUAUUGAUCCGAUUGAAAGACCGGAAUGGAACGGGAUGGACUCGGGUUCGGAUUCGAACUGA